AUUUUGAUCUUCGACGACUCGCUUACAACAAAACCACCAAAAUUACUCUCAUACAUAUAAAAAUGGCUUCUCCUGCCUGUAAUCAUGCCAAGCGCGUAAGUAAAUCCUCAAAUUCAUCGUCGUCACACGUUAGUAUGACGACCUCAAAUGCUGAUGAGAAUUUCAUUGAAACCAAACUGUUCAGUUGGAUGCGUCUGUUCCGUUUUGCUUCGCUAUUGUGUCGUGCGGAAUAAGAAUGGGAAACACAAAUUAAGUGAACAAAAAUUCCUCCAAAGGAUCUAUGCAAAAAUAGAAAACUGAUGUAACAAUAACAUGCAAUUAAAAAUUAAAAAAAAAAACAUUGAUUAGAUUUAGUAAAGAAAAAUAAAAAAAUUCUUUAAAACAUGAAAUAUGUAGUUAAAUACUGUUAUUUGAAGAUCUGGGUAGAGACAAUAUGCCCUUUUUAAUUUCUUAUCUUCUUCAAAUUCUUUCGGCGACAUGAUCACGUCUUAUCAUUUCCCCUCUUUUAAAACAUUUCGAAUAACAGUGUUACAGCAAUUUGCCAUAUUUCUUUCUCAUGAUAGAUCUUUAAAAAGAAAAUAAUGUUCCCUAAUUAUGCUUUCAAUUAUUAAAAAAAAAUAACAUAAAUUUAACAAAAUAUCAAUUAAUUAAAUAAACAAAGAUGUUAACAAAACGUAGUGUUUAGGCUCAAUUAGUUUUUAGCAAUACAAAAACAAUAUGUACCAGAAAAAACAAAAAUUUUAACAUAUAAUUUAAAUACCUAUCUUUAAAUUUAACUCGAAUUUCAGUUAAUUUAAAUAUAAUUUUUAAAAACAAUAAGAGAAAAACGCGCCCAUUUUGUACCUUUAUUUCUAUUAAGCCAACAGAAAAACUUUCCUCGAUUAAAGUGAGUGAAAAAUAAAAAAACUAAAUAUUUAAACUACAAAUACAAAUUUCACAAAAAACAAUGAUUUGUCUCAAACCUAUUCCUAUUAUUAUAAUAUUUUUAUAAUUUUUAAAAUAUUUUUAAGUUUAAACAAACAAUACAAACUAAAAAAACAUGUCUUACCAAAACAGCCAAAAUAAAAAAGCAAUAUAAACCAAUAAAAAUAUUUUGAAUAAAUGAAAUAAAUAGCAAAGUAUGCAUUUAACCCAAAAAUAUUUACAUACAUCAAACAAAAUAAUUAAAUACCAUUAAGAAUUGCCAAUUUGUAAUAGUUGAAUACUUACAAUUCAUACAUACAUACAUUAAACUAUUAACAAUAACUAUUUAUAUUAUUCCACUGUUCAAUGCAAUAUUUAUUAUAUUAAAUUAUUAACAAUUAACUAUAAUUUGAAAUGAAAACCAAUAAUGAAACAACAAACUACAUAUUAAAUAUUAUGAAAAAAAAUAAACAUACAACCUAAAUUAAACUUUGAAAAGCUGUUAAAUGUUAUAUGAAUUAAAAAAAUAAUUAUUAAAUAAAAUCAAUACAAAAUAUUACAAA